CAAAGCAAAACACGGAACACUGAAGAGACGACUCGAAAAUUGAGUAAUUUUGAAGACGCACUGAAUAAUCUGCCAGACCCAAAAGAUUUUGUUUUGUGGAAUACUGUGCAGACAAUGCUUAACAAAGAGCUUGAUUAUAAUUCAAAAAUAUCUUUGCUCGCCCUUCAACCAGAAGUGAUGGAACUGGAGACGAAUGAUGAAGGUCAAAAGGUGCCUUCAGCACAGCGAGUCCCAGCCUUAACUGCCUUGCAUCAACUGUCUCAAUUGCCAACCCUACAUGAGAGUCUUAAAAUCAGAGUAGAUUUGCUGGAAGAGGAACUCAAACGCCAAAUGGAGGAAUUAGAAAAGAAAGGUGUUCCUGAUGAUCUGUUGAUGAGAUUGGACUUACUCGAGAAUGGAGCGCAAAUCCAGCAGAAUGAAAAUAGUCAGGAUAGAGAAUUGUUGGCAGCCCUCAAGAGGAAGUUGGAAGAAAUGGAAGAAGACUUUGAAGGCCGCCUUGCUGUGUUGCAGGCUGACCACGAUGAACUCCAGGGUAUUCUUGAAAAGUUGGACCAACUUGAGGAAAAGAAGGUUGACAAAGAGUUUUUGGAAAUGGAGAUUAACGGGAAAGCCGACAAAAAGUCAUUAGAAUCGAAAGUGAGUCGAACGCUUCUUGACGCAACGGCACAGCAGUUGAACGCAAUGAUGCAGGAGCUGUUAAAUAAGGUGUGCGCGCAAGAGAAGGACUGGCAGAAGGUGCUGGAGAAACUUCUUUGUGACAUGGAUUGCAAGCUGGAUCGAAUGGAGUUGGAUCCUCUAAAGAAACAGUUGGAGGAUCGAUGGAAACAGCUGAAAAAACAACUGAGAAACGGCCCGGGAUUUGAGGCCGAUUCUGCAGCUGGAUUCAGAAAACAGUUGCUGGAGCGAUUUAAGUGCCUUUCCUGUGCCAAAUCUACAAGGAUGAUGCCCGGGCCACACCUGAUCACAAUAGCAGCAUCAGCAUUGCAUCCUAGAAUACGUCCAACCACCGCACCUGAACUGGAUUCUCUGAAGCAACAAAGGGGAAGUAUGACCAAUGAUUACUACGAGAGCAUGGGCAGAAGUUCGAUUCGACCUUGCGGUGGCAGUCACACCGUCACGGGCCCGGUCAGCAGGCGGAAUGGCCGUGGUAUAAAUUAUCAAACCGUCUACCAGUACGGUGACCCUAGCCCACCAUACCGACGGGAAGAGGUUGAGCUUCAAGGCAUUGAUGGCGUAAUGUACAAGGGGCGGCUCGAUCCCAAGCUUCCGACAAUAUAUCAGAUGCAAGAUGAGGAGCCAUUGGAGAAGAAAAUGAGUGGAGGGAAACAGCAAGUCGCUCGGCCAGAAGCUCCUCCUGUUUCUCCAAAAUGUGUUUACUGCAAUCAAACUUGUAUGGGCCCACGUCCUCCUGAUCCAUGUCAACAGAGGUCCAUGGCACAAGACACCUCCAACAUUUGCCGAUGCCUAGCAUCUGCGGCCCGACCUGCUGAUGCAGAUAUGAUGCAGCAGAGGCCCACGUCACAGGAUAUCUCCAACAUUUGUCGAUGCCUAGCUGCAAUGUGCGCUCCACAAGAUUUCGGAAACGCAGCUGGGCUAAUGCAUGGCACAGAAAUCGUAUGUCCGAAGCAUCAAGAUCAAGAACCUUUAAGUCAAUGCCCAGGGAGAGGUCCGGUGAAAGUGUUUUGCCCUCCUCAGAAUGGAACUGAAGAAGCUGUUCGUUUGGCCUCUGCCAACGUCAAUUGUGCAAAAUGAACUGCUCCUGCCACAUGAGCAAGGGAUGCAACCUCAGUAAGAGACAGCAACCCUAUACGAUCGUGCUCUGGUGUUUGAAAGUUAAAGGAAUGUGAAUUAGAGAGAAGAAUUUGUUCGUAUCUCAACAAUGGACCUGAAGAAAAAGAUAUGUGAUUCUAACCUGAAUUACAUGGAACAGGAUUUUCGUCCAGUGGAGCAUUUUCCUUUAUUAAAUAUAAUUAGUAUUCCAGUUACUUGGAACAGUUUGAGAUCACCAGCUAUCUGGCUAACAGGAGGAAUUAAUAAAAAAUCUUCACCGAUGGAAAGAGACAGCGUUACUUUACAUCUGUAGCUCACGAGGUUUAUUUCUGUUCUUGUUUAGUUUAGAUAUACAGCGCGGACACAGGCCCUUCGGCCUGUGAAUAUUAGAAAUUGGGGUACUUGGGAAAAUGGAAGAUGUCGGUGAAAAGAUCUGUGAAACCUGCUUGACAUAAUUUGCAGGGAGUUGCAGAACCAUGUGACAUAGAUGGCUGGAGGGAGUCUGAAACCUAGGACGGGGUUGCAGACAAAGAUCCUAUAGCGGAGCAAGAUAGACCACUCCUGCUAAAUGCAAUGGGCUGACGCAACGGAACGGGACGUGGGCCUUUUU